GACAAAACCCCCCAUAUUUUCUGUUGGAUUUUCCUCUACCCAACAUGCCCCCAUUUUUCUUCUCAUUGGGAAAUCCUUGAUUGAUUGGCUGAUCGAGGUGUCAAAAUGAUUCAAGCAUGUAAAGGGAAGAUCGAUGAAUGCACCCUAAAUUUAUUAAAUGAAAUUUACCCUAACUGUGAGAACCGUUGUCUGGUUAAUAAUUAUUGUUUAUAUAGCAUUAUCGAGAUAGGGAGCAUCAAUCAGGUCUAGUUUGAUCCAUGAAGAUAGUUGCCCGUGAUGCAGCCAGUGGACAUCAGCCUGAGCCUAUAUAUAGUAUGGAUUGUGGAAAAAUGUGCUCUCUAAGCAAGCAUAUUGAGUUUUUGUGAAAAAAUUGUUACUUUUUAGAGUCCUCUGUGGUUUUCCAAUUCAGGAACUGAAGUUUCUAGUCCUCAUUCAAUGCGAAGCAGCCAUGGCAGAGCUCUGUGAUUUGCAAGUCCAUGUGAACGGCCAGCACGCAUUCUUCGUGAACGAGGAAAUUGUGUCAAGAUUCUCGGGAAAGUUGAGGAGAAUUAUCAAGCAAGAAAGGAGGAGACCCCAAAUCAGGAAUUCGGGGAUUGAAAUCGACGAAUUCCCCGGGGGCCCAGAUGGGUUUGAGAUGGUGUCAAGAUUCUGUUACAACGAUGGCGCAAUCCCAAUCACAGUGUCAAACGUGUCUCUCCUCCAUUGCUGCGCUGCUUUCCUGGGAAUGUCCGAGAAAAUUUCUCCCUGCAAUCUCUUGCAGCAAACGGAGACUUUUCUCGAGGGGAUUUUCUACUGGUCUUGGAAUGAUAUAUUGAUUUGUCUCAAGAGCUGUGAACCAUUCUUUUCCUAUGCAGAUUCUUCCGGUCUGGUUCAGAAACUAAUGUGUUCUCUUCUGGCAAAGAUUGCUCAGAAUUCAGAUAUAAAUCUUCUAUCCUCUUCACCCUCUUCUUCAUCUUCUCCAGACACUCCUGCAUCAGCCAAACCAUGCUCAUCAAGCAAAGCUUGGUGGUUUGAUGAUCUCACCAUUUUAUCCCCAAAUAUCAUAGAAAAAUUUGUCAAAACUUUGGGUGCCUAUGGAAGUGAAAACAACAGUUUGAUCCUCACAAGAUUCCUCAUUUAUUACCUCAAAUCUGCAGCUCAAAGCAAAAGGUCUUUGAAAUCAUCAAAAUCUUACAGUGGCCUUGCAGAAACAGCUGUCCAUGGGGUGAUUUUCAUGGGAAAAUCCACAUUUUCUUGCAGAAGGCUGUUCUCAGUGUUGAGGGUAGUGGCUGGUUUUGGGCUGAGCAGAGAUUGCAGGGCUGGUUUGGAGAGAUUGAUUGGUGGGAUGCUCGAUGAGGCAACCUUGGAUGAUUUGUUAGUGUCUGGCCAUGAUGGGGGUGUCUAUGAUGUCAAUCUUGUUCUGAGAUUGUUAAGGUUGUUUGUUCAUGAUCCUAAAGUGGCAGUUCAGAGGGUGAAGAAGGUCGCCCGGUUGAUCGACAAGUACUUGGGAGAGAUAGCUCCUGAUCAGAGCCUCAAGAUCUCUAAAUUUCUUGGCGUUGCAGAGAGUUUGCCUGAUUUUGCAAGAGACAGCUUUGAUGGGGUCUACAGAGCCAUUGAUAUCUAUCUGGAGUCUCACUCUUCUCUUUCAUUUGAGGAGAGAUCAAGGAUAUGCAGAUGCCUAAACUAUGAGAAACUCAGCCUCGAAGCAUGUAAAGAACUUGCGAAGAAUCCCAGAAUCCCUCCAAGAAUCGCGGUUCAAGCUCUCGCUUCUCAGCAUCCCAAUAUACCCACAAAAGAGUUUGACAGUUAUCAAGAGAGUCCAAUUAGUGCAGGCCACAGUAACAAGAUGGUCGUGUACAAAGGUGUCAUCCAUGCAGAGAGCAACUCCUCGCAGGAGAAUGAAGAUUUGAGAGUAAACCUCCAGAAGAUGCAGUGGAGAGUUGUGGAGCUGGAGAAACUCUGCCGGGAGAUGAAGGGGCAGAUGUCCAAAAUGGUGAAAGGUAAGGCCAUUAGUAGUGCUCCUUUCAGUGGAACACUGCCAAGAAUGUGCUGACUAUUUGUGGAAAUACAUGGAUAUUCUUUUCACUUGUAAAAUAAUGUAUCUUUGGAGUGAUUACUCUAAGCCUUUGAUUUGGAUGAGAAAUACAAUAAUUCUCAUAUUGUCACUGUAUACUUCGAACUAGAAUCCAGUUAAAUGAGUGAAUAUGUUGAAUUCAA